AUGUUGAAAUCAGUGGACAGACAGCCUAUCGUGCUUGACAAUAGAACUGGAGUGAUCCAGGCGGGAUUUGCUGGAGAUGAUGAACCAACAGCUAUAUUCCCAAACAUUGUGGGUCGCCCCACGGGAUUGAAUGAGAAGGAAUACUAUGUGGGAGACGAAGCUCAGGCCAAAAGAGAUAAUCUUACUCUUCAUUACCCGAUGGAGAAUGGUAUCAUCAAAAAUUGGGAUGACAUGGAGAAGAUUUGGCACCAUGCUCUCUACGAUGCGUUGCGUGUGGCUCCUCAAGAACAUCAUGUGCUUCUCACUGACUCUACUAUUCUAAACCCAAAGUCCUAUCACGAGAAGAUGACUCAAAUCAUGUUUGAGACCUUUGAUAUUCCUGCUAUGUAUGUGGCCAUCCAACCCGUUCUCUAUCUUUAUUCAACUGGUCUUACCACAGGUGUUGUCUUGGAUUCAGGAGAUGGUGCGAGCCACACGGUUCCAAUCAUUGAAGGUUACUUAAACCCACACGGGAUCGAACGUUACGACCUAGCAGGCCGUCACCUAACCGACUACCUCAUGGAAAUCAUGACCGAGCGUGGCUACACAUACACCACACCAUCCGAACGAGAGAUAGUCCGAGACAUCAAAGAGAAACUAUGUUACGUAACUCUAGACUACGAGCAAGAACUGAAGAAGGCAACCGCGAGCUCGGAAAUCGAUAAAACCUACGAGCUUCCUGAUGGUCAAGUGAUCAAGUUAGGAGCCGAGAGAUUUAGGUGCCCUGAGGUUCUUUUCAAGCCUUCUUUGGUCGGGAUUGAAACUUGUGGUAUUCACGAGGCGAUUAACAAGUCGAUCUUGAAGUGUAAUUUUGAUUCAAGGAAGGAUUUGUAUGGAAACAUUAUUAUGAGUGGCGGUACGACGAUGUUCCCUGGAUUGGCACAGAGGUUAACCAAAGAGAUCGCUGGGCUUGCACAGGCUUGUAUGAAGAUUAAAGUUGCGACUCCUAAGGGGAAGUGUGGUUCUUGGUACGGAGGCUCUAUUUUGGCUUCUUUAAGCACAUUUCAACAGAUGUGGAUAAGUAAGGAAGAAUAUGAAGAAAGUGGAGCGACGAUUGUUCAUCGCAAAUGCUUCUAA